AUGACGUUACCCAAGUAUCUACCCCAGCGUCAAACUUCCACCAUGGUAGUAAAAGAUGAAGCCGUUUCCAAUACCACUGGAAACUUUUCAGCUUUGCAUCCGGACAUCAUAGACGCUCACAUCCUCACCCGCCUUGAUGGGCCCAGCCUCGCCACCGCCAGCUGUUCCUCCGCCACACUCCGCCACCUCUCCUCCCGGCAACAGCUAUGGACCCACGUUUGCCAUUCCACCUGGCCCUCCACCACCGCUCCCCGCGUUUCCCGCCUCAUUUCUACAUUCCCCGACGGCGGGCCCCGCGCUUUCUUCGCCCAAUCGUUUCCCCUCCCUCUCUCGGAACCCGUCGGGCCCGACACUUGUGCUUCAUCAUCGGAUUCGCCGUCCGAAUUAAUCUCAGCCGUUGAUGUUCAUUACAGGGACGAAUUAAUCUUCUCGAAGGUACAAGAAACAGAGACGGUAACCGGCUGGUUCCGGUGUUCACCUUUUAGAAUUGACCUGUUGGAGCCGAAAGACGUCAUCCCUACGUCAAUCCGGCAUCCGGAGGGAGAAGACACGUGUUCCAAUCUGAUGGAAGACAUCGUUUUAAGCUGGAUCGUGAUCGACCCGGUAAGCCACCGGGCCGUGAAUCUAUCCUCCCACAAGCCCGUCUCCGUUCAGCGCCACUGGUUGACCGGAGAAGUUCAGGUCCGUUUCGCUUCAAUCCUUCCGGCCCAGAAUCAAAAGAAGGGACCCAUUAGGACAGCCAAAGGAGAUGUCCAGUGCGCGAUAAUGAUGACGUGUGGUAAAUCAGAAGGAGGAGAUAUGCAGGUGAAGGAAGUGUGCAUGGAGAUGGAGAAUAUGGAUGGGAUGCAUUUGAACGGGAAGGACAGUUUGGUCAUUCUGGAUAGAGCCUUGAAGGGUAAAAGGGGAAAAUCAAUGAACAAGGAGGAGGAAGGGCGGAGGAGGUAUGAAGAGUAUGUUGAAAUGAAGAAGGAGAGGAAAGAGAGAAAGCUGAGAACCGAAGGGGCAUUGGAUGUCUUUUGCGUGGCCUUUGGGGUGUUAGUUUUUUUGGGUUUUUGGGGCUUUGUUUGGUAUAGAUAG